CUGAGUCUGUGCCCGUAAACGUAACAUCUGUUGCAGGAAGCAAAGGUGAACUGUAGUCUUCGGUCAGUGUCUCUCUCUGGCUCAGAGCGAGGGCACACGGCAUGUGAUGGCUGGCUCGUUUUUGGUCAGUGGUCAUUUCCACGCGGAAGCUCCUUUACGCGCCGUUUAAUUCCAUAUACCACACCGCUUGGAUGUUUUUGGUUUUUUUAGACAUUCACACUAAGAUGAUUUAUUUCUUUGUAAAUGUCUUCAGUUAUACUCAUUGAUGAGUUUGCCUUUCACCCGUGAUUUAGACCUGUAGUCUAAUCCAACAACAUGGAACUGGACAGUGUUAUUUUUUCUUUUUUCCUCAUAUUUAUUCAAGAGGCUCACGCAGUGCGUUAUGGCACCGCCAACAAUCUACAGCCCUACAUGCCCAAUGUGUGCUUGGACAGAGAGAUGACACUGGUUGCCCACAGGCAGCCGUGUGUGCAGGCCUUCACACGCAUGGUUAAAGUGUGGAAGCAGGGCUGUGUGGGUCAGUCAUGGUGCAUGGGAUAUGAGAGAAGGACGGCGUACUACACAGCGUACAGACAGGUCUACAGACAGGAUUAUGAGACUGUGUACAAGUGCUGCCCUGGAUGGUCUCAUCUUAAUGGAGAAGCGGGUUGUCUUUAUCCUGUGUGUCGCUACGGCGUUUGCUUCAAUGGCGGCCGAUGUCGGGAGGGAUCCACCCAGCUGUGUGACUGUCUCGCAGGGUUCAACGGACCGAGUUGCCAGUAUGAUGUGAACGAGUGUGAGGAGACCAACGGUGGCUGCGAGGCUCUCUGCUGUAACACCAUCGGAAGCUUCUACUGCAGGUGUCCUCCAGGACACAUACUGCACGAGGACGGCAAGACAUGUCGGGACGUUGAUGAAUGCCAGGUCCAUAAUGGAGGCUGCCAGCACAGAUGUAUUAACACCAGAGGCUCCUACUAUUGUGAAUGCCACCCGGGCUCCCGUCUGCAUGUGGACGGCCGCACCUGCCUCCCGGUGCACUCGUGUGCCAUCAGCAACGGAGGAUGUGAACACUACUGCGUGCAGCAGUCUGCUGCCCAUUUCCGCUGCCGCUGCAAGCCGAGUCACUUGCUGUCGGAGGAUGGCAAGCACUGCAAACUGCAGAACCCGUGUGCAGAUCACAACGGAGGCUGCAUGCACCUUUGUCGAGUCGAUGGUGGCAGAGCUCACUGUGACUGUAAAGCUGGUUACAUCCUUAAUGAAGACGGGAAAACCUGUGCAGAUAUUGAUGAGUGUGAGACAGAAGCAGCCAACUGUGCUCACGGCUGCCACAACACUCUGGGCUCUUUCGCCUGCGUUUGUAACACAGCCUACGAACUGGGCUCUGAUGGAAAACAGUGCUACAAAAUCGAGAUGGAGAUUGUGAACAGCUGUGAAAACAACAACGGCGGAUGUUCACACCAUUGCCAGCAUUCAAACAAUGGUCCUGUCUGCUCCUGUAACCAUGGUAACAGAUUAGACGUGGACCUUAAAACCUGUGUUGACAUCGACGAGUGUGGAGAGCGGAGCUACUGCUGCGAGCAGGACUGCACCAACUACCCCGGAGGCUAUGAGUGCUACUGCUCUGCAGGAUACAGACUCAACUCGGAUGGAUGUAGCUGUGAUGAUGUGGAUGAGUGUCUGGCCAGUAACGCUGGUUGUGAUCACACAUGCCAGAACAGUGCGGGCUCCUUCCAGUGUUACUGCCACUCGGGUUUCCGUCUGGACGAAGACCGGCAAUCGUGCACCCCACUAGAAAAUGCAAUUGAGGCCCUCUCCAGUGGAGGUGCUAUGGAGCUGCCUCUCCAUCGCCCUCAGAUCACGUUACUACAUGACUACAGCCAACCUCUGGAGCGCUACGAUGACUACGAAGAUGACGAGGGGGAACUCAGGGCCGAAAAUAACUUGGCAGAGAAAUUUGUGUGUUUGGACGACACCUUUGGACACGACUGCAGUUUGACAUGUGAUGACUGUUCAAAUGGAGGGAAAUGUAAUCUUUGGAAGAACGGCUGUGAUUGUCCGGAUGGAUGGACAGACGUCAUCUGCAACCAGACUUGUCCAGAAGGAUUCUUUGGCAAAAACUGCUCCUUUCCCUCUAAGUGUAAAAACGGAGCCAGCUGUGACCCUGUGACUGGGAGCUGCCGCUGUCCUCCAGGAGUCAGUGGAGAUUUGUGCCAGGAUGGUUGUCCAAAGGGCUUCUAUGGAAAACAAUGCAACAAGAAGUGUAACUGUGCAAAUAAUGGACGCUGCCACCGAACCUAUGGAGCCUGUCUGUGCGAUCCAGGGCUGUACGGGCGCUUCUGCCACCUUCCUUGUCCUAAGUGGAUGUUUGGACCCGGCUGCUCCGACGAGUGUCACUGUGUCCAGCAGAACACUCUGGAGUGUCACCGUCGCUAUGGCACCUGCGUCUGUAAACCGGGUUACCAGGGCAACACCUGCAAGGAAGAAUGUAGCCCGGGUAAGUUUGGAGCUGGCUGUGAGAAGACAUGCUCCUGUCCCCCAGGAGUGUCUUGUGACCAUGUGACAGGAAAGUGUCAGCGUAAGUGUCCUCCUGGUCGUCACGGGGAGAACUGUGAUCAAGACUGUCCAGAGGGGACAUUUGGGACAGGUUGCGUUCAUUCUUGCAACUGCACGAGUGCCCCAUGUGACAAGGUGACAGGACAAUGCAAGUGUCCAGCAGGGACGUUAGGAAAACACUGCGAGAGCUUGUGUCAGGAGGGAUUUUGGGGUCCAGGUUGCAGGGAAACGUGUCCUGCGUGUGAGAACGGCGCCUCGUGUGAUAAACACAACGGUUCCUGUCUCUGUCCUCCUGGAUUCAUGGGACAACUCUGCCAAAACUCCUGCCCGAGUGGACGGUUUGGUCAAGAAUGCCAAAUGAAGUGUGUGUGUGAGAACAACGCUCGGUGCGACCCGGUGACUGGACUGUGUACCUGCCCUCCUGGCUGGACUGGACACAACUGCAGAAAGGCGUGUGAUGCAGGACACUGGGGAGCCGACUGUGCGCAAACCUGCGACUGCAGAAACGGAGACGGCAGCUGUGACGCUUCGACGGGCCAGUGCAACUGUGAGGCUGGUUACACGGGAACACGCUGCCAACAGAAAUGUCCCGCGGGUGUGUUUGGUCUCGGUUGUCGACACCGGUGUCAGUGUGACAACAGCGCUCUGUGCGACCACGUGAGCGGAGCUUGUACCUGCCAGAUGGGAUGGACUGGAAGCUUCUGCGAAAAGCCGUGUCCUCAGGGUUUCUUUGGACUCGACUGUCAGGAGAAAUGCUUGUGUCUCAACGGCGGGAGCUGCGAUCAUGUCAGCGGAGUUUGCUCCUGUACGGCCGGCUGGAUCGGUCCAUUCUGCAACCUGACUUGCCCGACAGGUUUCUACGGCGAAGGAUGUAACCAAACCUGCAGCUGUGGUAACAGCGGCAUCUGCCACCCGGCCACUGGGCAGUGUGUGUGCACACCAGGCUGGACCGGACCCACGUGCUCAGAAGAAUGCCCUGCAGGGUUUUAUGGAGCGGACUGUCGACAGCGCUGCUUGUGCCAGAAUGGAGCCACCUGUAAUAAGACCAGUGGAAAAUGUGCAUGUGCCAGUGGAUGGACGGGUACAGCCUGUGAACUCGAAUGUGUAGCGGGUCGGUUCGGGGCGGACUGCCAGCAGCAGUGUCGAUGUGAGAAUGGUGGCCAGUGUGACAGACUGACUGGACGGUGCAGCUGCAGUGCCGGCUGGAUUGGAGAGCACUGUGAGAAAGCAUGUGAGGUGGGCCUGUUCGGUUCUGGCUGUGAGGAGCGAUGCCAGUGUGUGCACGGUGUUUCGUGUCACCACGUCACUGGAGAGUGUCAGUGUCCGCCGGGCUGGAGAGGAAAACUCUGUGACAAAGUGUGUUUGCCUGGUACGUUCGGUACGAACUGUGUGCAGCACUGCAGCUGUGCUGCGGGGACGUCCUGUCACCAUGUUACUGGAGAGUGUGGCUGUCCUCCUGGAUUCACUGGCAACGGCUGUGAACAGAUUUGUCUUCCAGGGACCUUUGGGCACAACUGUAACCACGUCUGCCAGUGCUCGCAGACAAACCAACACUGACACCCUGUGUCAGGCUCGUGUUACUGCGCCCCAGGUUUCCAGGGUCCCAAAUGUGAGCAAGCAUGUGACGAUCGUCGUUAUGGUCCCAACUGUGAACGAGUGUGCAAGUGUGAAAAUGGAGGGAAGUGCGUGCCGUCCACUGGAGCCUGUGAAUGUCCGGCAGGAUUUAUAGGAGCACGCUGCAACAUCACAUGUCCAGCCCAGCGCUACGGAGUUGACUGUGCUCGGGUGGCAGUGUGUGGAGACAGAUCCCAGAGUGACCCGGUUACUGGUCAGUGCGAGUGCCUCCCUGGGACGAAAGGAGAGAACUGUGAACGUGCAGGGUCAGGCUGCCCUCCAGGCUGGUUUGGGGCAGACUGUGUUCAGCGUUGUCACUGCAAAAAUGGAGGGCUGUGUGAUUCAGUGAGUGGCAACUGCACCUGUGGUCUGGGCUGGACGGGCGCUCACUGCGACAGAGAAUGUCCCGCGGGCAGAUUCGGUGUCAACUGCCAGCUAAGAUGUAACUGUCAAAAUAACGGCACUUGUGACAGAGUGGGGGGAAUGUGCCGGUGCGGUCCAGGCUUCUACGGACAUCUGUGUGAACACGCGUGUCCUCCUGGUCUCCAUGGUCCACUGUGUCAGCUGCAGUGUGAGUGUAUGCACGGAGCCUCCUGUCACCCCGUGACUGGCCACUGUCUCUGUCCUCCAGGAUAUUCCGGAGCUCACUGUCACAGAGGGUGUGAACGGGGAACCUUCGGUCAGGGAUGUGCGAAGGCGUGUGACUGUGAGGACGACGCUCCGUGUGACCCCGUGACGGGAAGAUGCCUCUGCUCCUCAGGGAAGACUGGAGCCAGAUGUGACAUCGACUGUGGAAGGAAUCGUUUCGGGCCAGACUGCGCCGAGACGUGCGAGUGUCAGAACGGAGCACAGUGCGACCGACGCAGCGGCCGCUGCAGCUGCAUGCACAGCUGGAUCGGCCUCUCUUGUCAGGAAGGUGGACCUCCACGUCUCACCUCUGGGAGCAGCAGAGGAGACUCUCGGCACAACAACUCGUUAUAGCAGCUCCGUCCUCCUCCUCCUCCUCCUCCUCCUCUUCCUCCGUCCAGCUCAAAGACUCGAGUGAGUGAAAGCUCAAGAUGUAUUUGGAGAAGUUUCAUGGAAAUAGACUCUCUGAUGAGAACUGCAGUUCCAUGUUUUUUUGGACCUGAGCUGGACAUUUUCUUUUUCUUGUGUACCAAAGUGUCCUUGUAACGUGGACCUGUGCUGUCACUGCUUUUUCUCAGUGUUGGCAGAAAAAAACCACAAAAAAAAAACCACAUUAAAGCAGCUUUUGUCUUCAGGAUGAGAGUCACAUCAUCAGAGUGCAGCAUCAGGAUUUGUUUUUACUGCUCUUUUGGUAUUUUUGUUCCUGAAAUACCUUUUUUUUAUGGGUACCGUUACUGUACAUAUAUAAAAUAACCUCUAAUUUUGUAAGAAAGUGAAUGAUAUUGCUGGAUUUGACACUGAGGAAUCCAUGUUAUAGAACUUGUCAUUGCAAUGAAGUAGUUUUUGUUUCCGUCUUUACAAAAUGAAGUACUAUCCCUCAGUCUUAUGGUGCUUUAACGUCAGGUGUUAAUAUCACAGUAAAGCACUUUUCUUUUGGUUCAUACAGCUAGCAUUCAUUGUAUCUAAAUAUUUUGGUAUGAUUUUGUGUAUAAGUUGCUUCAUAUUUAUAUUUAACAGUUGAAUAUACUCGUUACAGCUCUGCCAAAUCUAGACUACAACAUCCCAAAAAUGAGUACGUUUUUAACACAUAAAUGCCAAUAAAGAGACGCACAAACGUUG